GUAGCGGGAACGCUAAACUAAGAGGAAACAUAGGGGGAACAGACUUCGACAGCACCGGGAUGAACAUCACUGAUGGAAGUUAUUGUGGCGAAUGGUUUUAACUAUGGUAUGCCGAUGUGAUUGUUUAUUUUGCCCUUUACCCUUGGCGGUGGAUCCCUGAUUUUGGGAUUAUCGGUAAUUCCACAAUUCUGACAGGAAUCAUCCGCGAUCGAAGAGGGAAUUCUGCACAGCCAAGCAAACUACAAGGGGAUUUAAAUCGCAUUGCUCCGGGAAAAGAAGAGAAGCAGGAAGAAAAUUCAUGUGGCGAUUCUCUCCUUAACAAUAAAUCAUUUUGGAUUGCAGAAUGAGCAAGGAAAGACCUAAGAGGAAUAUAAUUCAGAAGAAAUAUGAUGAUAAUGAUGGGAUGCCCUGGUCGGAGGAGCGGGUGGUGCGGAAGGUGCUCUAUCUCUCGCUGAAGGAGUUCAAGAGCGCUCAGAAGCGCCAGCUCUGUGAUGACCUCGGCAAUGCAGGAAAAGGGCCUAAUGCUUCCUUGUCAAACGGGCAGCUGAAUGGAUGUGGGUCUAAGGGAGGACGUAAAGAGAACGGGUCUUGCUCUCAGAGCACAGAUGGAAGCAGCGAGUAUUCAGAGGACUGCCCGGCCAAAAAGAGGCCCAGACUGCAUGCACAGAGGAAGUUUGCUCAGUCUCAACCCAACUCUCCCAGCAACACGCCGGUGAAGAUGGCUGACCCCUCUCUGCCCACGCCGCUCACACAUAUCACGUUCCUCUCCAGACGCAAGCCUAAGACAGAAGACUUCCUCACAUUCAUAUGCCUUCGAGGCUCGCCGGCCUUACCCAGUAACAUGGCCUACUUCGGCUGCUCUCAGGAUGAAGAGGAUCUGGAGGAUGAAGAUGAAAUUGAGGAAGAGAAACCACCCAGUGUGGCAUCUACGUCAUGCCAGUCUACACCCAAGAAGGGCAAACUGUCUAGCAAGAUUAACGGCUUCGUGUUGAAUGGCCUGAAGGUACACAAGGACAAAGAGCUUGCUCCCAGAUCCAGAGGCAGAGAGUCGUCUGUGGGGAAAGAUUGUAACGAGGAGUGUGACGCGUCUGGUGAGAUCUCCCACAAGCACACUGCAGCCACGGCCAAAAGCCACAACACCAACGGCCACAACUACAGACGAGCCGCAGAGGAACUCCGCAAGCAGGUCACGAAAGUAAAUGGACUCACACGGACAUCAUCAGUCGGCAGGCAUACGUCCAGUGCCAAAAAGUCGAAAGACUUCCGUCUGCCAUCCAAAACUGUGAAGUACACAGCCACCGUGACCAAGGGCCACAUCACCUACACCAAAGCAAAACGAGAACUGGUUAAGAAAGCCAAACUCAACCACGGCAAGCAUGCUGCAUCUGCUGGCCUCCAUGCUUACAGCAACAACCACCAACAUCAUUCUCAUCAUCCAACCAGCAGAGGGCGUGGCCGGCCACAGCUCUCUCACUCAGGAAAAGCCCAAAGUAUCAAUGCAAAAACCCGCAAACAGGUGCUAUUAUCGAAUGGGGUGCAUAAGAUGACUAACGGGGGCCAGCCUAAUGGCAGGCUUAAUGGACGCCACAGUGCCAGGGAAGAGAAGGAAGAUGUCCGGCAAGUGCGGCAGGGACUGCGUAACUCUAAACGCAGAAGUGAUGCCAUUACGAUCAUUGGAGCUGGAACUGAGAGUGACGAGGUUAAAAUUAAGCCACCUGUUACUGAGGUUAAGAAAGCUAAACUGCAGACUAGCCCACUGGAAACUCGCAGCAAGAAGGCCCUGGGUCAGUUCAAGCCCCCCAACACCAUCACUAUUGCACACAGUAUCACUGAAAUGGCCGCCUCCCCUGCUCAGAAAAUGGGUCCUGCCCCUCCUCCGUCGCCCCCUGCUGCUCCCGCCUCUCCAGCCAUGCCCCAGAACCCUGCUACCCCUGAGCCAGCACGUCUGCGGCCCAAACGUGCCUCUGCUGGCAAAAUGAUGUUCAUCAGACAAGCACAGCAGAGGGCCCAAACUAACACCACCCUCAACCGGACCACAUCCACUACCUCAGCCAGCAAAUCCUUCAAACCAGCAGAACCCACACACACGCCUCCACCACGGCUGGACAGAGACAGGGAACGAGAGCGGAGAAGGGCCGGGUGUGCAGCCUUGGGGGAGGUGCCCAUUUUCAAGCCCACAACCAGGGAGUUUCAGGACCCUUUGGUGUACCUCGACUCAGUUCGGGAACGGGCCGAGUCAUCUGGACUGUGCAGAGUGUUGCCUCCUCCUGACUGGAGGCCAGAAUGCAAACUCAACGACGAUAUGCGUUUUGUGACACAGGUUCAGCGCAUCCACAAGCUGGGUCGGCGCUGGGGCCCCAAUGUUCAGAAACUGGCCUGCAUUAAGAAGCACCUCAAAUCUCAGGGCAUCUCAAUGGACGAGCCACCGCUUAUAGGUGGCUGUGAAGUAGAUCUGGCUCGUUUUUCCGAACUGGUCUGCGACAUGGGUGGAAUGCAGCAGGUGAUGGACCUGAAAAAAUGGAGCCGGUUGGCCGACCUGCUUCGCAUUCCCAAAUCAGCACAAGACCGUCUGGCCAAGCUCCAGGAGGCCUACCUCCAGUACCUGCUCUCUUAUGACCUGCUGUCUCCCGAGGAGCACCGGCGACUGGAGCAGGAGGUGCUGGCAGAAAAGGAAGCUCUGGAACGCAAGCGGGGACCCCUGGAGGGCCACUUGGAUAAUGGCCAGCGGUCUCUGGUUCUUCCCCGUUACGAACCCAAGAAUGGGCUCACCGGCCUCAACCACUGCAAUGGCUUCCGCAAUCACAACAAAGAGCAAGACACCCAGCGGCAGGCCGGCCGCCGCAGACUGUUUGCUCGGGAAAAGAAAGGGGAAAAAGUGGACAGUGAUGUGGCACAUGAGGAGGCAGAAGAUGAAGGUGUUCUCAGUGACCAGCACAAAUGUAUAUACAAGGGGAGAUCGGUAUCUUUGACCACCUUUUACAGAAUAGCAAGAAAUACAAUGAUGAUGUGUUUCAAUAAAGAGCCUGGAGCUGCUGAAGUUGAGCAAGAUUAUUGGCGGAUAGUGGAGCAGAGGGACUGCCACGUAGCAGUGCAUUAUGGGAAAGUGGACACAAACACACAUGGAAGUGGCUUCCCUGUGGGCAAGUCCGAACCCUUUUCCAAGCAUGGAUGGAACCUCACUGUCCUUCCCAAUAACUCUGGAUCCAUUCUGCGCCAUCUUGGUGCUGUGCCUGGGGUGACUGUUCCCUGGCUGAACAUCGGCAUGGUCUUUUCUACCUCAUGCUGGUCACAAGACCAAAACCGCCUUCCAUACAUUGACUACUUACACACUGGUGCUGAUUGCAUUUGGUAUUCUAUUCCUGCUGAGGAAAAGACAAAGCUUGAUAAAGUGGUGCACACACUGCUACAAGCCAACGGCACGCCGGGACUGGAAAUGCUGGAGAAGAACGUUAUGAUUUCUCCAGAGGUGCUUUGUCGUGAGGGGAUCAAGGUCCACCGUACGGUCCAGCAGAGCGGGCAGUUUGUGGUGAUCUUCCCCGGGGCGUUCGUGUCCAGGGUGUGCUGCGGCUACAGUGUGUCUGAAACCGUGCACUUCGCCACACCGCAGUGGAUGAACCUGGGCUACGAGGCUGCUAAAGACCUGAAAUACAGGCACAUAGCAAAACCCUUCUCUAUGGAGAAGCUGCUCUACCAGAUCGCCACAGCCGAGGCCAAACGAGAAAACAGACUUGUGCUCAGUACAAUCUCUAAUCUUCUCAAAGAUCUCAGGAACAUAGAGAUGAAGCAAAGGCAGGAUCUGUAUGAAGCCGGGCUGCUCUCCUCUGCACGCUACUGCACGCACGACAACAACCAGUCACCCGCCGACACCAGGAAGAAACCCCGCAAGUGGCUGGCGCUGGAGUCGUCCGAGAGACGCUGCCAAACGUGCCAGCACCUCUGCUACCUGUCUAUGGUGGUGCAGGAGAAUGAAAAUGUGGUCUUCUGUCUGGAGUGUGCGCUGCACUACGUGGAGAAACACAAAAGCUGCCGCGGCCUCAAGAUGAUGUACCGCUAUGAUGAGGAGCAGAUCAACAGUUUGGUGAAUCAGGUGUGUGGUAAAGCCCUGGUGAGAGGCGCAGCAGACGGCUGUAAUGGCUCCAGUCCCACCAAACCUCCCGCCAAGCGCGGCCCCCGCAAGAGAUCUGCUGUGGAGCUGUCCCUGACCCACCUGCCGACCCACCUGUCCAAAAGUGCCGCCGCCGUCUCAUGAGGAGCACCGCCUACGUCACCCAAUCGAUUUCUUCUCCCUCUUUUUAUAUCGUUUGUGUCUUAUCACCCACAUAGCAGGGCAGAGUUUCCUGUGUUGAAAGCAGGCUGCCUUUUUUGCACUAGCGCUCUAGUUUGUAUUCACCAGAUGUUUGAUAGCAUUAAGAGACAUGGUCCCAAGUGUGCAUUUCACUGACAGGUGUGAGUAUGAUGUCAUCCUUUCUGCCUGGACCCUCUUCCUCCUCGUCUUCGGCCCCAUUGACUGCACACACACACACACUCCUCCUGAACUGUGAACCUUGGGACAAAUGGGUGCUUCUCUCCUCAUUUUUCCAAACCCCUUUCCUUUGAAUGUUGGUGCUUGAUGGAGCUGCCCGAGAAUGUGUUUUCAUUUUUUUUUCAUUGUUUUGUUUUGAUUUUGUUUUGGUGUUUGCUUUGUUUUUGUUUUUUUGUUUUGGUGUUUGUUUUUUGUUUCAUCUUGGUGUUUGCUUUGCUUUUUGUUUUGUUUUUGCUUUUAGUUAUAGUUUUUUGUUAUAUUUUGGUGUUGUUUUUGUUUCUUUUUUUCCCUUUUAGUUUUGUUUUGAGGUUUGUUUGUUUUUUUGUUUUGUUUUUGUUUUUGUUUUAUCCUUUUAGUUUUGUUUGGAUGUUUGUUUUUGUUUUUUUAUCCUUUUAGUUGUGUUUGGAUGUUUCAUUUUUGUUUUGUUUCGUUUCGUGUCAUCACAUUUGUUUUGAAUUUAAUUCAUUUAGUCCACAUGCAGCUCCUCUGCGGAAGACGCAGCUCUAAAGACAGUAAACACUUGAAAUUUAGCUUGUUUUAAUAUCUGUUUUUGUUUUUUUAAAGAGGAAAUACUGUGUGUUUUUAUUUCGACUGGUUUUUAUCUCACACUUUCCUCUGUGGAUUCGGGGAACGCUGGUUUCCAUGGCAGCAGGUUGGGCUGUACUUGAGGAAGUGGGUGUUAGGGAUUGAAUGAGCAGGUCCUGUCCCGGCAGUGAGAGGGGUUCCUCCCACGCUGAUGCUUACGAGCGAUACCUGUGCCUGAUGUUUAGCGGGGAGAUCUUUAUUUUGGUGCUGUUGUUGUUGUUUUUUUGUUUUUUUAUUUGUUUUUUUUUUACUGUUUAUCAAUACAAAAAAGGUAAUAAGAAAGAAGUGCUGUUCGCUAGCCUUCUUAUCCCACAGGACGGAAGAGCCCGGAGACUUCUUCCGCUUCUAGAUGUGCAAUCGUGUCAACAUUCCAUUCUUCCAGACUUAGAUUCAUCUGUACCAGUUAACAUUAAUUAUUCUAUAAUAUUAUUGUAAAUAUUAUAUUUUGUGCUUUUGACUUUUUAUUUUCUCUUUUGUUCUGACGUGCUUUCUCAAUUUAGAGCCACUAUUCAGAGGGUGAAAAAUGUGAAAUACAGUUUCUUUAUUUUUUUCUUUAUUGUUUAUUUUUGUUCUGUCUUUUCAUUUUUUGCAGAAGUAUCAUUGAUUUAAAGAAACGUAAGAAAAUCACCUUUUUGUACAUAAUCCUGUAAAUGUCUUUAAUACUUGAGCCUUUGUUGGAGUGACAGAAGGAAAGGAUAGAUAGAUUGAUGGAUGAUGCCAGAUGAAGAAAAGCCUUACAUUUCAGUUUCUUCAGCUGUGGGAGUUUGAUGCGUAAAGGGUUGCUCUGGUAAUGUGUAUACAUUUUAAGUGCUGCUUACAUCACUGAGGACUAAGAUAUGGAGUUGCGGUUUCCCCCUAGUUUUGUUUUUUAGGUUUACUUUUUUAAAGAAAAGGGAAAAUACUUUAAAAAAAAUAAAUAAAAAGGAAAAAAAAGGUUUUACAUUUUCAUUACUGAAAAUUCAACAUUGUAGUAGCUACUCAUGUUGCACUGAGCUUGCCAGUGGUGACUGUCAAGGAAAAAAAAAAACUAUAAUCCAGUUUGUUGGUUGUCCUUAACAGAAGACUGAACUGUUUUAGGAGUAUUUAAUGAAAACCAGGUCGGGUGUUUUCAACAAAAAACAGCUUUUGUCAAGUUUUUAUGGCCUUACGAUGUAUUUUAUUCAGAAAUGUUGUUGUUUUUGUUCCUUUUUCUACAAGAUGAGAGAUUUGCUCAAGGUCAGGCGAGUUAAUUUAUUAGCACUGCAUCUCAGCUCUUCCUCUCACGAGGAAAGGUUUCAUGUUGGUUAUAUUGCCAGUUUUAUUUUGUUUUUUGUUUUUUACUUUUUCAAUUUGUACUUAAGGUUUAAUAAAAACUCAUGGACGGUU